AUGCGUCCCUCGUCGACGAGCAGCUGUACCGGUCGUAUGUACCAGGUCCUUUUUGGACAGCAAUCGCAUCUGUACUACCUCUGUCUAUCAGUGGAGCCGUAUCGCUCGAUUGCCGUCCUCGACCACAGCCUGCGCCCGGUUCGUCGCAUAGACGUGAAGGACGUCUUAAGCUUCCACCGCCGUGUUCUUAGCAAUGAGCCUGGCCAUCAGUCAGCAUCAGUUACCCAUAGUGAUGUGAGUUUCAUCUGCAAUUGCCUGCAGCUUUUACAGGUUUUCGAAUUACAGCUGUCCUCCGACAAAGGCGGGUGGCUGCGAUUUGGGCUGCCAACAACAGAGGAGUGCGACCAGUUGUGUAGCAGCGUCCAACUUCAUUUUGGCGUCCCUGUGUACAACUAUGGCAGUCUCAGCACCAACUUCCGAGCAGCGUUAGGCCCCAAGGCUGCUGCCACCAGCAAGACGGUGGACAAUGGCCCCAACUCAGUUUGUAAGAACUACCGUCUUGUCCGUGACGACUUUUAUGCAUCAACAGCGGGCGACUUUCUAACCCAACUGGGAAUAACCUGUGGUGACAAUGAUCAGGGUCAGAGUGACCCUCCUGCCGAGUUCAGUCCCGACUACCCUGUCAUAAUGGAGGGCCCUCUUGAGUCGGCCAGCUACGUCAGUUUCCGUAGCAUGCGUAAGCCUCAAAUGCAACCGUUUUCGGUGUAUCGUGCUGAAUGGUAUCUGUCGACGCAUCGUGGCGACCCAGGCGAAUUUUACCCUGCUGCGUCCUGUAGCAACGACAUCUUUUACCUUAGCGACUGGACGAUUGGCCGAUACGUUCAGUUGCGCGUGUAUAAGGCGGUGGGCACGGGAGUUAAUCGCAAGUUUGUUUUUACGACUGCCACUCGCGGCCCCGUCCGUUUCAGCAACGUGUUGGCUCACAACAUCCUCCUCAACAUUUCGAAGGACAAUGAAGCGCACGACGUCCUCAUCUGCGCCGAGCAGUUUCGCACGAUCGCCGUCCACCUCAACAAGUUGCCUUUCGCUCCCGUGGGUGAGACGCAUAGCUUCGAUACACGGUUAUCUACCAAACUGUCCCUAAUGCACAUAAAAUCGGCUUCACGAUCUAUUCAACUACCAGGAGACGGCGUCGAGGAACCAGGUAGCGAGAACGUGGAUAAUAACGGGAUGCCAGAUUCAGUUUCGGCUUCUAUGGAGACCGUGAUACGGCCCGCCGUCACGUAUGAGAGCACCGGUUCUUUCGGAAGCUAUGAUGAUGACAAUUCGGAUUUUUUAGGAGAGUUGGAAGGCAAUGCAGGCGCUGCUACUUCCGGAAGUGACGCACCGCGUCCCACCGUGGAUCCCGAACUGCUCCACACGAAGAGUCUUUUGAGCGCCGAUGCGGCAACAGGGCCGUGUGGCAGUGAUGGCGCGCACUCCUCAGUUGCGUCAGCGUCACGGGACACUUCAGACGCUGCGCAGGCCACAGCCGAGGAGAUCGGCGCCACCACUGCCACAAAGCAACAGCCCAUUACAGACGAAUCUGAAAAAAGCGACAAAUACCCGCCAAAGAAACAGCAACCGCCAGAUGAAAGCAAGGUUCCCAAGGUGCCGAAAGCCAAACAGCCGGUAAAGGCGGCGGCGGGAGGCGCCGCAACGCCACCGCCUGAAGCAACUCGCAUGGGCAGGAUGCGCGGAUUUUUCAAGAAUCUCUUCGACAAAGGGCGGGCAGCCAAGAACAGAAGCGUGUCGGCCAAAGGCGUUCCGAAAAGUGUCAACCCAGUGGUGGUUAAGAAUGCCGUACCACUCGCCAAAGCCAGGCGGCAGGGCCCCGCAUCACCGGGUCAGGGUACUGCGCCAGGAGCCGCGGCGCCUACUCCGACCAAACUAUAUGAGAAGUUCGUCGAAGUGCAGUUACAAUGCCGUUGCGGGGGACUGUAUCUCUGGGACGAUGAGGUGGAGCUGGAGCUCAAGUGGACGCGGCUUGAGGUACAGGAUUGCUACGAACCGCCGCAGCAGCCAGAGCAUUUCGAAGACCCCCUCAGCUGCCUUGAACUGACGCUAGUGUAUAAGUGCAAGGGAGACUCGGAGCAGCGGCUGCUGCCGCUAACCAUCAGACUCGCAUCACCGCAACAGCGAUGUACGCUCUACCAUGCGAUGCUGUUCAACAAAUAUCGCGGACCCUUCUAUGUGAGUUCUACCAGUCGCUCCGCGGUGACACCUCUGCAGUCCAUUGACCAGGGCGAGCGCGAUCUACAGCGGGGAUUGUAUUCCGACGUUAAGGAAGCGUACGCGAAGAUUUGCGUAGAGGGCAAGAAAGAGGCGCUCAAAAAGCUGGAGAAGGAGCGUCUUAGGCUGCUCGGGCAGCUCGACGACCUAUCGCAGGAGUCUGCGGAGCACAAGUUGGUGUUGCGGACUUUAGAGUCGCUGCCGGAUGACCGUCGUUGUUACCGCAUCGUCGGCAAAGUCGCGGUGGAGCGGACGGUGGCCGAAGUGCGUCCAGCUCUGACGUCGUAUGCGCAGAAGGUGGACGAGCUUCACAAGACGUACAACGACCAGCUCAACUUCAUCAACGAGGAGGUUUCCAAGAUCACCAGGUCACUCGGCACACCGGCGGAUGCGUCGUAG